GCAUCUCGAUGAGUUCCUCAUGUGUCAACGACAGGUCGCUGGGCCCAGUCGUCCACGGAUGCCGUGAUGACUUUGACUUUACCGUCGGAUUCGAGCAAGCCGUCUUGGCAAUUAUUCCGGCAGCCGUGCUGAUUUUGUGUUCAUUGCCGCGACUGUUUCAAUUGCCCCAAAAACAAAGGAUAGUUGACGAAACUGUUUUACUAUGCCUCAAACUUUCCGCCCUUGUAGCCUACAGUGGCCUGCAACUUGGCCAUCUGAUUCUGACAUGUCGUGGCACGUACUGGUCGUCACAGUUGGGUCUCGCAUCCGAUGCACUAAACUUUGUUGCCUCCUUGAUAAUAAUUCUUCUCUCAUUUUUGGAGCAUGCCCGCUCACCACGGCCGUCGAUGCUGCUCGGCGUAUACCUCCUAAUCACCGUCUUGUUUGACAUCGCCCGUACGAGAACUCAAUGGCUCUCGGCAGACUCUGCGAAUGACUUUCGCCAAGCUCGCCUAUCGAUCGCGAGUGUCAUUCUGAAAGUUGUCGUUCUCAUUAUCGAGUCCCGGAAGAAAAAACCAGCAUCAGCUUCCGAAAAGCAGCAAAGUCCAGAGGCGACUAGCGGUAUCAUCAGCCUUUCAACCUACUUCUGGGUGAAUGACCUCUUUCUCAGAGGCUUCCGCAAGCUUCUCAUCCUCGACGACUUGUAUGCGCUCGACGAAGCAAUGUCAGCCGAAGUCUUGUACGCCAAAUUCGGGCCUCUCCUAGAGAAUAACAAAGCGCAGGGCCACAGGCAUGCUCUAUUCAGGGGUCUUACACAGACGCUUGUAGGACCAUUCAUCCUCUCGAUCGUUCCACGACUCUGUCAGAUGGGCUUCAAAUUCUGUCAGCCCCUCAUGAUUGAGAGCCUAUUGGACUACCUCCAGGAGCCCGUGGGCGCUUCAUCACCGAACAAGGGGUACGGGUAUAUUGGUGCUGCUUUUCUCAUCUACGUUGGCAUGGCUACGUCCAAUUCCAUUUACUGGUACUUCCAAGAGCGCUUCGUCCACAUGGCAAGAGGUAUCUUGGUCUCGGCCGUCUACCGCAAAACAACCGUCAUCAGCUUGUCCGCCGCAGACGAUUCCGCAGCCUUGACGCUCAUGAACGCCGACGUGGAGCGCGUCACGAAUGGAUUCCAGCCGAUCCACGAGUACUGGGCCAACACAGUCGAAGUUGCGCUGGCGUGUUGGCUGCUGCAAAGGCAAAUUGGCGCGGCCUUUGUUGCCCCCGUCACUGUCGUUAUCGUUUGCGCGGCAGCCUCCAUGGUGACCGCCAAGUUCACAGGAAAACGCCAGACAUUGUGGAUGGAAUCUAUCCAGCAGCGAGUCGGGGUCACUGCCAAAGCUAUCUCGAGCAUGAAAGCACUCAAGAUCUCGGCCAUGUCUGGGCCGAUUGAGAGCCUGAUCCAUAAUCUCCGCCUCAAGGAACUCAGCGUAGGUGGAAAAUGGCGCCUGAUGCUCCUCGCGGCCGUGACAAUCGCGUACACGCCCUCUCAGCUCGGCCCCGUUAUGGCUUUUGCUGUGACUUCUCAGACUCUCAACGUCAGGCGCAUCUUCACUUCCAUGGCAUACCUCAUGCUCUUGGCCGGUCCGUUGGGCAGCCUAUUCCAGACCAUUCCGCAACUGGUUUCGGCGUUUGCCUGCUUGGGUCGUAUUCAGGCGUACCUAGAUAAAGACAGCCGCAUCGACUACCGCAAAAGGCCCGUAGCCCCGCGUUCUUCAAGUUCGGAAAGUGAUACGAAACCCGAUGAACUGCAUGCUUCGUCGAUCGCGGUGAAGCAAGCGUCGUUCGGGUGGGCUGAGGGGAAGUACGUCUUGGACGAGGUCGACGUACUCGUCCCUGCCAACUCCCUCACCAUCAUCGUAGGGCCUGUAGCUUCCGGCAAGUCGACACUGCUGAAAGGUCUCCUCGGUGAGAUCCCAUUUCAUUUCGGCAACGUGGUUUUCAACGUCAACCAUUGCAGGGUAGGCUACUGCGACCAAUCUCCAUUCCUCUACAACAGCACGAUAGAAGCCAAUAUUAUUGGCCACUCCGGACUGGACCCUGAACGAUAUCGCCAAGUAAUCGACGCCACGAUGUUGUCUACCGAUUUUGCAACCCUACCCAAAGGCGAUCGCACCAAAAUCGGCAGCAACGGGCUAACCCUGAGUGGUGGGCAGAGACAACGAGUGGCUCUCGCUCGCGCCUUGUACCUUGAAUGUGACCUGCUCAUCCUGGACGACAUUCUGAGCGGCCUCGACGCGACCACCGAAGAGCACGUCUUCAGCCGGGUCUUCGGAAACGCAGGCAUCGUUCGCCAGAGGCGCAUCACGGCUGUGCUGUGCACGCACUCUGUGCGUCAUUUACCACUGGCGGACCACAUCAUCGCACUCGGUGUCGACUGUACUGUAGUCGAACAGGGAUCCUUCGCAGACUUACAGACCAACGGCAAAUACGUCCAAAGCCUCAAGAUCCAAGAGGCCGAGACUACCCCUGAAGGAAAGACGCAAACAGUGACUCAAGUCUCCGACUUGGCGGAAGAACCAGACAAGGCACGUCAACUUGGCGAUGUAGCAGUCUACAGGCAUUACUUUGGCAGCAUGGCGAGAUGGGUAAUCGCCGUCUUCAUCUUCUGGUGCUGCGCCUACGCCUUCUGCAUGAACUUCCCCACCGUCUGGCUCAAAUUCUGGUCCGAGGACAUCACCGCCGAGACACCGAAGCGUUCUGGCGCGUUCUACAUGGGCAUCUACGCCCUUCUCCAGAUCAUGUGCCUGGGUUCCCUGAUGGUGGUCGUCUUCAUAAACACGCAGACCAUGAUUUCGCAGUCCGGGUCGAGCUUACACCAACGUGCCCUGCGGACGCUCGUCGGCGCGCCUUUGAGGUUCUUUGCGACGACUGACACGGGGACGGUGACGAACCUGUUUGCUCAGGAUCUUGCGCUGAUUGAUAGCGAGCUGCCGAUGGCACUGAUCAAUUUCUCCGUGUUGCUUUUCGCCGCUGUGGGCAUGGCUGUCGUUAUUGCCGUCUCGUCGCCGUGGUUGGCGAUUAGUUACCCCUUUCUUGCGGCGAUUCUGUACUUUGUGCAAAUGUUUUACCUUCGGACUUCGAGGCAGUUGCGUAUUCUGGAGCUCGAAUUAAAGAGUCCUCUCUAUUCCCAUUUCAUUGACACUCUCAAGGGUUUAGCGACGCUGAGAGCUCUUGGUUUCAUCUCCGCGGGCAUCACAGUCAACAAUAACCUCCUCGACACCAGCCAAAGACCAGCGUACCAGCUCGCAAUCAUCCAGCGCUGGCUGCAGCUAGCACUCCAGCUACUCGUAGCUGGUCUUGCGACCAUCGUGGUGACACUGGCGACGCAACUGCGAGCCAGCUCUGGAUUCACUGGAGCAUCUUUAGUAACUCUCAUGUCUUUUGGUGAUACCCUGACUACAAUCGUCCAGUCGUACACCAUGCUAGAAACAAGUAUAGGAGCAGUGGCGCGCUUAAAGACGUUUAGCGACACGGUGACGCCGGAGACCGGGCCCGACGAAGAUAUGAUGCCCGAGGAAAGCUGGCCUGAGAAAGGCGCGAUCGAGAUAAAGGCAGUAUCGGCGUCUUAUGGAGUCUCCAGGGACCACCUGGGCUGUUCAGGGGGCGAGGAGAAGCCACCUGCCGAUCUAGCCAUUCGGGAUCUACAUCUCUCGAUCAGUCCCGGCGAGAGGGUAGCGAUAUGCGGAAGAACAGGGAGCGGAAAAUCAUCGCUCAUUCUCUUGUUACUUCGCCUUAUGGAGACCCUGUCAGGAAGCGCGGGUGGUAUUGUGGUGGACUCGGUGCCGCUCGACAAGGUCGAUCGCGAUACUCUGCGGCGCCGCAUCAUAGCCGUAUCGCAGGACGCCAUCUUCCUCCCCGACGGCUCGACAGUGAGAGAUAACCUCGAUCCGUUCGACGAAGCGACCGAGGCGGAGUGUCUCGAGGUCUUAGAGCAAGUUGGAUUACUCGCGGGGAUACAAGAGCGAGGGGGUAUCGGCGCCGAGCUCACCGCGGAGUCUUUCAGCCAGGGGCAGAAGCAGCUGUUCUGUCUGGCUCGGGCGGUCUUGAGGAGGCGGGUGAAGAGACGUGGUGGUACUGAAGGGGGAAUCCUUUUGCUUGAUGAGGUUUCCUCGAGCGUUGAUCGGGCUACGGACCUUGUUAUGCAGGAGAUUAUUCGAAGGGAGUUUGAGGGGUAUGCGAUUUUCAUGGUGUCUCAUCGACUGGAUAUGGUGCUGGAUUGUGAUACGGUUGUGGUCAUGGAUAAGGGUAGUGUAGUUGAGAAAGGGGCGCCGCGGGUGUUGAAGGAUCGGGCGGGAGGUGUGUUUAGGGAGUUGUGGAAUAGUAACAGGACGAUGAAGGAGUGAUGAAUGGUCGGUCUUACUUGGCAUGUCCGGCUAUAUCUAUAAAUGGUUGAUGAUGAGGGAAUGACGAAGAGCAACAAAUAUAACAUCAGAGGGAUCAAGUCUCGUCCCGGGA